AUGGCUAGAUUAUUGGCAAAAAUUAUAAGUAACCAGCCUAGGGUAAAAGGUAUCACCAUUAAAAGCAUUGAAAAUUUUCUUCCUAUUAUGUCAGCAACAAUUCCAAUAGGAAUACACAUUAUUGCUGAACCCACUGUAACUAAUGAGCUAAUCCAUGAAAAUUCUUCUUUAGAAAUUGUUAUAUCAUAUAAAGAUUGUAAGUCUUUUCCAUCUUCACCAGCAGAAGAACUCCAUGCUAAUGUCAUUCCACUUGCUAAGGCGCCAAAUGAACGCUGCAAUAAGUAUUGUACGUAUACUGAAUGUAUCCUGCAAACGAUAUUUAAGUUCUGUUAAAUUGCCUCAAGAGAUUGUUAUACCAAUGAAUAAAGAUAUGAUCAUUUGUUGGCAUCCUGAACGAGAGUUUCCUUAUGAAUAUUCAUUGCCAUUACCAGAAGAAAAACAAGUCUCAUCGAAUUCUGUUUUAUGUAUUGGUAAAAAAGAGAUUGCUGAGAUUUUUAAGCAGAAGAAAAAAGAAGUCGUUAUUGAAGAACUUUCUAAAAUUACAUACACUACAAAACAUAGAUGGUAUCCCAAAAAUUGGCGUCGCAGAUUAAGAAAAGUAGAGUCAGAAAGACCAUAUCUGUAG